GUCAAGAAAAUCAGGAGACUUGUCAGCACAUGUUCUUUAGAUGUAGAUUCUCUGUAAAAAUCUGGGAAACAUUAGUUGGUGGAAUCAUGAAAGAAGCAUUCACUCUUGACUGGAAUGAGAUUCUGGAUAUGAUAGCUAAUCCUAGAGGCACAUUGACAGAAGCUUUCCUCAUUCCGUAUACGUUUCAAGCGCUGAUUCAUAGUAUUUGAAGAGAGCGUAAUGGUCGUAGACAUGGUGAGCAACCAAAAUAUGAGAAGGUUCUGAUCAAAUGUGUGGAUAGAACAAUUCGACUUAAAUUACUAGCAGUCAAGGGGAAGGGAAAAAAGUAUCUUGAAGAAAGUCUGUGUGUAUGGUUUGGUACAAGAACACAAAGCACCUUUCAGCCUGAAGUCUAAAGGGAAUUAUUUUCCUUUAAAUUGUUCUUGUAUUUGAUUAUUUGAUUACAAAUCAACAUUAGAAGCACUUGAUGUAAAUAUGUUUUUGAUUGAAUAAAAUUUUACGUUCAUUAAAAAAAAACUACAUUAUGGAGUCGUAGAUUAAUAGCGAGCUGUUUUAGACUAGCUAAGUAAUAAAUUUCUGUAAGUACCAGUAAUUUCAACUUACCAAAGAGGAACAGUUUGGCACUAACCUACUGAAGGUCGUAUGACUUUUAUCAUACUGUUUUGAGAUGUUUGAUAGUAAGUCAAGUUUCACAAGUAAACAAGUCUAGUAACCUAUAAAUUAAAUGUGCUAAAUCAAUUUAUUUAUCCUAUAACAUGUAAUUUUUUUUUUCAUCAAAAACCUAUAACAAGUAUAAUUUCUUUCAUCCAAAACCAAAACUUAUCAAGUCUUGUAGAUGUGGUUUACCUUUUAUUGGUUUCUAAAUAUUGGGUUUGUCAUAUGUAUGUGUGUAUAUAGAUGGCCCUAAUAAAAUUCAGAUAACACACUAGCUUCCAAUUCUGAUGAUCUUAUAUAUAUUUUAAUUUAUAGUUGGACUGCCAUUACUAAUUUACAAAACCGAACAGAAAUAGAGUCGGAUAUUAAUGAUUCCUCCUCCAGCUCAUCGUUAAGCAUAAAGUAUUAGUAUAUAUUUUAUGUAGAUCUUAUUGUGGUAGUAUGCAUCUUGCAUUAAUUUGGUUUUUGAAGUAGGUUGUUGCUUAUGUGCCAUCAGUUGCGUCUAAAUUAAAGAAUACUUUUACUUUUGUUUAGUCGAACCCUUUUAGGAAUUAGGAUAUUUAUCAAUCAGAAUACAUUGAAGAUCUUAUAAAAGUAGGGUUCGUUGGCAUUGGUCUUAGUUACCUUUAACUUCUUCUUUUUUUUGGGAAAGGACUCAUUCUAUUAAUCUGGUACGUAAGUUAAAAAAGAUUCAAGGGGUUACAAGGUUUGGCAAAACAUGCAUUCAAAACAAUGACUGCUUUUUCCCUCACGUUAUUGAAUUUGCUAUGUCAGUUUGUAGCUAUACUAGCAAAUAGCAUUGCUCAAAAUCAAAACUAGCUACAAGAUAGGAACCUAACUCCAGAGUAAGAAUCCUGAAGAAAAACGUUUUCAAUCAGCCGUUAGAAGAAACUAAUUAACAUACGUAGCUAAACAGAAGACUUUGGAACCUAGAUACACAAUAACAUAACUGCAGUUCAGUAUCCAUUACUAAUUGAAAUAAAAAUAUUUUGAGGUCUUAAGUUCUUCCCCCUUGAGAAGUUGCUUAAACAGAGCUCAUAGGUCCCAUUACCAAACAAUGGCCCACUUUCUCUAUUUGGAUAUAUCCCCUGAUAAAUUUAAAGGACCCACUCCAUUACAAAACAUCCCCAUAACUCACUUUCAUUGGCCUUCCCUUUAUUUUCUACUAUUGUCUUUUUAUCUUAUUUUUUACAUCCACUAUUAUAAGUCCAAUUUGUUUAUUAUUUAAAUUUUAAGAAAAAAAAACAAAAAAUAAAAAAAACAGUGUCUAUAUAUAAACAUAAUUACUCGAAUGAAACAAGCAACUCCUCAUUUUGAAAAAAAAUAAUAUAUCUUUAAAACAUUGGAAACUCAAGUUAUGGCAAAUCUCUCUUCUGAUCUUCAGACAUACACAGUGGAUGAUCCCAUAACUCAACUUGCAGAACUCAACAACACUCUUCAUCAGUUCCAAACGAUGUUUGCUCCUCCUUUCUCUUCUUCUCUGGAUUCUCUCCUCUUUCAUCAUCAUCAACAUCAACCGUUACCAGAUCAUUUUCUCGGAAAAUCUCCCGAGAAUAACUUUCAUCAAGGGGUUUUCAUCCCUUCUAAUAUUCACAACAAAAAUGACGACUCGUCUCUCGAUUCCAAGAAGAGAAAAACACUAAUGGCGUCCAUGUCUACGUCGGAGAACAGUGUCUCUGAUCAAACCUCUUCUGCUCAAGUUUCCAUUAAUGGAAAUGUUCUGACCAAAAAUAAUUCGUCAAGGAGAGGGAAAAGGUUGAAGAAUAUAGAAGAUAAGAAAGAGAGGGAAGUUGUUCAUGUUAGAGCCAAAAGAGGUCAAGCCACUGAUAGCCACAGCUUAGCAGAGCGGGUUAGACGAGGGAAAAUAAACGAGAGGUUGAAAUGCUUGCAAGAUAUAGUCCCCGGAUGUUACAAGGCAAUGGGAAUGGCCACGAUGCUGGAUGAGAUAAUUAAUUACGUCCAGUCGUUACAAAAUCAAGUCGAGUUUUUAUCUAUGAAGCUUACAGCAGCGAGUUCUUACUAUGACUUUAACUCAGAGGCUGAUGCUGUUGAUUCCAUGCAGGUACAAAAUCUCGAGUUUUAAUUAAUUCAAGGCAAAGGCACGUGAGGCAGUAGAGAUGGGGCAAGGGAGGGAUGGGAAUACUGUCUUCCAUUCAUCAUCAUGGACCCUUUGACUUUUGUUUUUUUCUCUCACUUUUUGUUGUCUUUCUAAGUUAUCCUCUUUUGGAUAAAAAAUACUUAAAAGAUUGAUUUCAAUAAUUUGGAUGCAAAUGAUAUGUAUACUGUGUAAUGUCGACAUUAUGAAUUUAUUGCAUAGAGAAGAGACUGCAAUCAAUUAGAUUGGACAGUGACACAUGUUCUA